CUCGCCAGGCGCUAUAUAAACGAACUCUACCGAUCUAGGAGCACGUGCGAGAAACGGGCGAGUUCUCUUCUCGAUGCCGCGGACGAGUAUGCCGCGAUCGAAAAUCGUUCCGCGUACCUUCGCAAAAUGUUACGCGAACGCGGAACGUCAUUAUCGCAUCGUUAACAACAAUUUCGCGAUUAUUAUCUAAAAAAUCGGACGCAGCGAAGACCAGUCUUUAAGAUAAUGGCCAUCUAGUGGCAGACCGUCGCUUCUUCUUUGUCAUGUUAAAAAGAAAAAAAAACAAAGCGCUGUGCGUAGCACAACAUCGGCUGAUCGCUGAACUACCGCUGAAACCACGCUGAAUGGUUGAACGCAGGCGCGUGAAGAAUGAAUGAAUAACGCCACGAGUUCGACGCAAUGUCAAAAAUGUAAUUGGAAAGCAAGAAACUGCGGAGAUGAUGAGCGAACGUUUAGAAAAUAGUCACGGGACUAUUAGUGAGAAUUGAACCGACGAGAUUUUUUGUUUAAAUCAGCGUGACUUCUCGACGAUCGAUUCCCGAUUGAUCGCCCACUAACUGUCCGGGAAUUACGUGGCCGACGAUCCUCGAUGUAAAAGGCCGACUUAACCUGAACCUGAACCUGAACCUAUUCUCAUCGAUGGAUUACAUUUUUUUGUACUACGACAAUCAAUCAGUCAAUUGUUUAAUCAACUAACGUAUUACAAUCUCUGUUGGUACAAAUGACACAGUAUGCUGCCGUUUCUUGGAGUAUCGGAGUUCAGAGGCGAACGUCACGCGACGCAAAGCUGCUGCUCUGCGACUAUCUAAAUUAAUAGAAAAUAAAUUUAAAAGGCAACGACAUGUUUCGGGAUAGCCAAAAGAUCGUCGUGGAGGACGGGCUCGCCCCGUCCGCACCGUACGUCAUAAACAUUCGAAUGGAAGAUCUGUUGGAGAAAUUGAAGCUGCUGAAUUACGACGCGGAAUUCGUGCACGAGCUAAAAAUGAAACCGAUCAACAGGCAUCACUUUGUAAUUCCAACAAAUCCCGGUGAGCAGUUUUACACGUUUACCUGCCUGGCCGCGUGGCUGAUUAGAAAAGCUGGGAAAAGUUUUGAAAUGCCGCAAGAAUCGGACGAUCCUAAUUCCACGAUAGCUCUGAUCUUGGAUUAUCUCAGGGAGGUCGGCAUACCUGUGGAAUUCCCACCCAAUAAGCUUAAGCAAGGCAGCGGGGAACACGCGGUUUACGUUUUGGAUAAUUUGGCUGAUAAUGCUUUGAAGUUGGCAGAAUUCAAAUGGAAAAGGGUAAAUAUCCCACCCGAUGAGCCUUCUCCAGAACCGGAAAUUGAGGAUGACGACGCGGAGUUGAUCUUGGAGAAAGUGGAGGAGGAAAUGAUGGCCGCGGAGUAUGACGACGAGGAUCAAGAUGUCUUGCACAUAGACGACAUUACGAAGCUUUAUGGACAAAAUACUAGCGAGACGCAAAAGCUAGACAGCAUUUUGGAAUCUACGACUAAUAGGGAAGAGUGGCAAUUAGAAUUGGAAAAAGUUCUACCUCGUUUGAAAGUGACCGUUAAGACAGACUCGAGAGACUGGAGAGCGCAUCUCGAGCAGAUGAAACAAUUGCAAACGAAUAUUGCGACUAAUCUGACCGGCACGAAGGCUCACUUGAACAAAAUCUACACCGAUAUCGGAAAUACUUUAGACAAGAUCAAAACUAGAGAAACUUAUCUUAAUAGGCAGCUCGAACCGUCUUUAACACAAUACCGCUCACUGCAAGAAGAAUUAUCAAAAAUCAAGGAACAGUACAGAGACGUUAGUGGCGGCGUUACCGAACGGACGCGGAUGCUUAAUAAAUUAAUGGAGGAGUUGGAACACAUAAAGAGAGAGAUGGAUGAGAGAGGAUCCAGCAUGACAGACGGCACGCCGCUUAUUAAUAUAAAGAAGACAAUCACGAGAAUGAAGAAUGAGAUUUCCGAGAUGAAUAUUCGAAUCGGCGUGUUGGAAUACAGCUUGAUGUGCGCGCGAGUACGGGAUCGGACGCAGCUGCGGGAGGACAUGAACAGCACGAGUGCCUCGGUGAUAAUUUAA